GAAGCUUCAUGCUCACUUAAGAGUGGUGGUUGAGCCCAUUCAAAUCCGUUUCUGCUCCUCAAAUCUGUGGAUCUUCCUUUGAUUUUAUUUUCUCUAUCUGGGUACCAUUUGCUUCUGAACUUCUUCGGGUACUGUGUUGGUGGUCUGUAAGCAUUCUAUUUUGUUUUUGGCGGCUGUAUUGGGAUGGAGGAGCGUUACGAGCCAUUGAAGGAACUUGGGUCUGGGAAUUUUGGGGUUGCAAGGCUAGUCAGAGAUAAGAAGACAAAGGAGCUUGUUGCAGUCAAAUACAUAGAGAGAGGGAAGAAGAUUGAUGAAAAUGUUCAGAGGGAAAUAAUCAACCAUAGGUCUCUGAGGCAUCCGAAUAUCGUUCGGUUCAAGGAGGUCCUCUUGACACCAACACAUUUAGCUAUUGUCAUGGAAUAUGCAGCUGGUGGUGAACUCUUUGAGAGAAUAUGCAGCGCUGGCCGUUUUAGUGAGGAUGAGGCUAGAUUUUUCUUCCAGCAGCUAAUAUCUGGAGUCAGCUACUGCCACUCUAUGCAAAUUUGUCACAGGGACCUGAAACUGGAAAAUACACUCUUGGAUGGAAAUGCGACACCACGUCUUAAAAUAUGUGACUUUGGUUAUUCCAAGUCUGCCAUAUUGCACUCACAACCCAAAUCAACCGUUGGAACGCCAGCAUACAUUGCCCCUGAGGUCUUGUCACGGAAGGAGUAUGAUGGCAAGAUUGCAGAUGUCUGGUCCUGUGGUGUGACGUUGUAUGUGAUGUUGGUAGGAGCAUAUCCAUUUGAGGAUCCUGACGAUCCUAAAAAUUUCCGGAAGACCAUCAGCAGAAUAAUGAGUGUUCAGUAUUCUAUACCCGACUAUGUACACGUCUCUUCUGACUGUAGGCACCUCCUCUCUCGAAUUUUUGUUGCCAAUCCCUCAAAGAGGAUUACUAUCCCAGAGAUAAAGAUGCAUCCUUGGUUUCUUAAGAACUUGCCAAAAGAGCUGAUUGAAGGUGAGAAAAACAAUGUGGAUGCAAACCUUGAUCAACCCUCUCAGAGUAUUGAAGAAACAAUGAGGAUUAUACGAGAGGCACAGAAACCAGCGGAAUGUUCCAAAGUUGAAGGGCAGUCUGCUCUAGGGGUAGUGGAACCUGAAGAUGUAGAGGCCGAUGGUGAAUCUGAAAUUGGAAACAGUGGUGACUUCGUAACCUGUGUGUGAUUACAGGUAAUUCUAAGCAACCUCAGGAUGAGAUGUGUGCAUCAGUAGCAUUUGCGGCAAUGUUUUAAGUCUCAUCCAUAAAGAAGUGCAUUGUAUA